AGAAAGAAAUUAAAUCUCAAGAGUACGAGCAUGGAAGAAAUCUUGCACAUGAAUGGUGGAGUUGGAGAAACAAGCUAUGCUACCAAUUCCCUCCUUCAGAGGACAGUGAUAUCGAUGGUAAAGCCUAUACUAGAAGAGAGCAUCCUGGAGCUUUAUGGCACCUUGUUGCCUGAGUGCUUGAACGUUGCUGAUUUGGGAUGCUCCACAGGCCCUAACACUCUUCUUGUGAUAUCAGAGAUCCUGGAGUCCAUUGAAGCUGCGAGCCAGAAAUCGAACCUUAAGUUGCCGUUGUUUCAAGUGUUCUUAAACGAUCUCCCUGGAAACGAUUUCAACACUGUUUUCAGGUCGUUGCCAGGUUUCUGUAAGAAGUUGGAGGAAGAAAGGGGCAGUAAGUUGGAGCCGUGUUUCAUAGCAGGAGUUCCAGGGUCUUUUUAUGGGAGGCUUUUUCAUAACAAGUCAUUGCACUUUGUUCACUCUUCAUACGCUCUAAUGUGGCUCUCCGAGCCACCAAAAGCUUUGGUGAUUAAACCAGAGGCACUUAACAAAGGGAAUAUUUGCAUUGCAAAAACAAGCACACCUGCCGUGUUUAAAGCGUACUAUGAGCAGUUCAACAGAGAUUUCAGUAUGUUUUUGAAGUCACGCGGUGAAGAGGUAGUUCCUGGAGGGCGAAUGAUGCUAACAACCAUGGGCAACUUAAGAAGUGAUGAUCCUCUUACCAUUUGGGAGUUUGUUGGAUUAAAACUCAACGACAUGGUCUUAGAGGGCUUGAUCGAAGAGAAGAGCCUGGACUCUUUCAAUUUAUCAUACUAUGCUCCUACUGCAGAGGAAGUAAAGAAGGUGAUAGAAGAUGAAGGGUCUUUUACUCUGGAAAGACUUGAAACUUUCAUGGUGGAUUGGGACACUUAUAUAAGUAAAGCCGAUUGUAGCCUCGAUACGGAAGAAAGAGCAGCAAUUUUGGCCACUGACAUGAGAGCAGUCGGCGAGCCCAUUUUGUCAAGUCAGUUUGGAGAAUCCAUCAUGGAUGAUUUAUUUAUGAGAUUCAAACGGGAUGUUUUCGGCUAUAUGGAAGCACAUGAAUGCAAGUUCAUCAAUCUGGUUAUCUCCUUGACUAGGAAGACCUAAACAAUGUUUUGAAUCUCUUCAUUGAUCUAUAUCAUGGAAUUGAGAACAGCAAUCACACUGGUUAAUGAGUUAGAAUAAGAAAUAUGUGAAAAUAAUUUCUCGAUGGCUUGCCGGCCAAUGUUAAUUAUGAGGAAAGAAAUCAAGUUUGAUUGCUCAAGGGCUGCAUAGUAGUAAUAUAGAAAAAAUCAGCACCUCCUCAAGUCUUUAUUUAUCAUCAAAAUUCUCUUGUUAUAAUUGUGUAACCCACCCGUUUGAGUA